AUGUCCAAAGCAGAGCAUGUCAUUCUGUUGAAAAACAAGACGGAGCCCGUGGACAAGUACGAGUCGCUGGCGCCUGGUUUUGACUUCCACUCCGUCGAUUUCCUCCCACUGAUACGUCACGAAAACGUUCCUGACGAACUGCUCGUAUUGCUGCAUGACAGUAGUUCAUUAAGAAACCUCCGUCAUAUUAUUGUCACAUCACAGCGGACAGUAGAGUGUCUCUACCACAGUGUGCUACCAUAUUUAACCCCAAGCGUCAAAAGAGAGUUUCUGAGGAAGAAAGUUUACACUGUCGGUCCCGCAACAGGCAAUUUCUUGCGUGAGUGUGGAUUCAGUGACGUUUGUGGGGAUGAAGCCGGGAACGGGGGGAACUUAGCGGACAUGCUGUUACAAACGUUGCCCGAUUAUGAUGGCGAGAUCUUGUUUCUUGUGGGGGUCAUCAGAAGGGACAUAAUACGGAAAAAGUUAACCGCACAAGGGCUCAAAGUGAGAGAACUGGUCACAUACCAGACCAGCGCACUAGAGCAUAGUUUACCCCGGUUCUGCCGUUGUUUGAAAACAAGCUGUACAAAUUGGGUCGUCAUAUUUAGUCCGCAAGGUACAGAUGACAUCGUAAAUUACUUGAAGGAGGUCCAGAGCCAAGAAGCAGGUCCCGUCCUUAAAGUAGCAUGCAUAGGCCCCACCACGGAACAGUUUCUGCUCGAUAACGGUGUAAAACCGUUGGUGGUGAGUACGAAACCGGAGCCUACAUAUUUAUGGGAGUCGAUUCGCCAGUACGAUAAUGGUGAACUUCAUUGA